AUGGCUUCCAAAGUGACUACAGUUCUGCUCUUGCUACAGCUGAGUGGUUUCUUUGUUUCUGGGAAAUGUGGGAAAGUGUUGGUGUGGCCAAUGGAAUUCAGCCAUUGGAUCAAUUUGAAGAUAAUAUUGGAUGAGCUUGUGGUAAGGGGUCAUGAGGUGACUGUUCUGGUAUCUUCAACUUCUAUUUUCUUUGAGGUCAACAAACCAUCUCAUAUUAAAUUUGAGAUCUAUCCUUCAUCAAUAAGCACUGAGGAGGUGGAAAAGGUAUUCCUGGAAUCACUCAGAAAAUGGAUUUAUGAGCUGCCAAAGCUGUCAUUUUGGACAUAUUUUUCCACGUUGCAAGAACUUAUAUGGGAAGAUUCUGCUUAUUUUGAGAUUCUCUGCAAAGAUGUAGCUUUGAACAAGAAACUUAUGACAAAACUACAAGAAUCCAGGUUUGAUGUCGUUCUCGCAGAUGCCUUCAUUCCCUGUGGUGACCUGCUGGCUGAACUACUAAACCUUCCCUUGGUGUACACUCACCGCUUCUUUCCUGGAUACACAUAUGAAAAAUACAUGGGAGGACUUCCAGUCCCUCCUUCUUAUGUGCCUAUCAUUGAGACAGAACUCAGUGAUCGAAUGACAUUCAUGGAGAGGGUGAAAAACAUGCUAUAUGUGAUUUAUUUUGACUUUUGGUUCCAAGCAUUUAAUGAGAAAAAGUGGAAUCAGCUUUAUAGUGAAGUUCUAGGUAGACCUACAACAUUAUUUGAGACAAUGGGGAAAGCUGAUAUAUGGCUCAUUAGGACCUACUGGGAUAUUGAAUUCCCUCGCCCACUGUUACCAAAUUUUGAAUUUGUGGGAGGACUCCACUGCAAACCUGCCAGACCUCUGCCUAAGGAAAUGGAAGACUUUGUCCAGAGCUCUGGCGACAAUGGUAUUGUAGUGUUUUCUCUGGGGUCAAUGGUAGGUAAUAUGACAGAAGAGAAGGCCAAUGUGAUUGCAUCAGCACUAGCACAGAUACCACAAAAGGUUGUAUGGAGAUUUGAUGGCAAGAAACCAGAUGUCUUGGGAUCCAACACUCAGCUCUACAAGUGGAUCCCCCAGAAUGACCUUCUUGUGUUGGUAUCUCUAUGUUUCUCUUUUAGCUAUAAAGAGAAUGCAAUGAGGUUAUCAAGAAUUCACCAUGAUCAGCCAGUGAAGCCUCUGGAUCGAGCUGUCUUCUGGAUUGAGUUUGUCAUGCGCCACAAAGGAGCCAAACACCUUCGCCCAGCUGUCCAUGAGCUCAACUGGUUCCAGUACCACGCUCUGGAUGUGAUUGGCUUCCUGCUGGCCUGUGUGGCAGCUCUCAUCUUCAUCUUCAUAAAGUGUUGCAUGUUUUGUUGCCAGAAGUUAGGUAAAACUGGAAAGAAGAAUAAAAGAGAGUAAUUGUAGGUAGGUGUGAA